CCCGGGGGGGUCCCCAGCAGCGCUCGGGUUCGGUGCCGACCCGCAGCAUCCCUAGCAUGGCUAUGGAUCGCUGUGGAUCGCUGUGGAUCGCUAUGGAUCGCUAUGCAGUGCCGCCCGGGGCGGGGGGCGGCGCGGAGCAGAGCCGGGCGCGGCGGGGGGACGCUCCCAGCGGACGGGGCGCGGCCGUGUUGGUGGGCGCUGAGGCUGCGGGCGCCGCUCCCGCUCGGUGCCGCCCGGUGCCCGCGAUGGCGGAGCGGAGCAACGAGCCGCUGCCCGCCUGCUUCGCGGGUCUGGGAGCGGGCAGCCCUCGGCCGCGGCAGAAGCGCGGCGGGAUGUUCUGCAGCGUGGAGGACGCGUUCGACAACAAGACGUUGGAUUUCCCCUCGCUCGGCGGCGGCACCGGCCGGUCCCGCGGCUCCGUGACCCCGUCCGACGGCAGCUGCAGCCCCAAACCGCCGCCACCACGUUCUGCGGGGGCCGCCACCGCGGGAGGGACGCCCGACGGCUGCCGGCAGAACGAGCAGCUUCUGAUCAAGGGUGGGAAGGUUGUCAACGAUGACCAGUCUUUUUAUGCCGACGUGUAUGUGGAGGAUGGUUUGAUAAAACAGAUUGGAGAGAACCUGGCUGUUCCCGACGGGGUGAGGACGGUGGAUGCCUACGGGCAGCUGGUGGUGCCGGGCGGCAUCGAUGUGCACACGCGGCUGCAGAUGGCUGUGAUGGGGAUGGCCCCCGCUGAUGACUUCUACCAGGGGACAAGGGCGGCCCUGGCAGGAGGAACCACGAUGAUAAUGGACCAUGUGCUGCCCGAGGCUGGGACGAGCCUGUUGGCUGCCUACGAGCAGUGGCGGCAGCGUGCUGACAGCAAGGCCUGCUGCGACUACGCGCUGCACAUCGACAUCCCCCGCUGGCACGAGGGGCUGCAGGAGGAGCUGGAGGCGCUGGUGAAGGACAAGGGUGUGAACUCUUUCCUGGUUUUUAUGGCCUACAAGGACAGACUUCAGUGCACUGAUGCCCAGAUGUAUGAAAUAUUCUGCAUGAUUCGAGACCUGGGGGCCAUAGCCCAAGUGCAUGCUGAGAACGGGGACAUCAUUGAGGAGGAGCAGAAGAGGCUGCUGGACAUUGGGAUCACUGGGCCGGAGGGGCACGUCCUGAGCCGCCCCGAGGAGGUUGAAGCAGAGGCCGUGUACCGUGCAAUUACAAUAGCAAAACAAGCCAACUGCCCCCUGUAUGUCACGAAAAUAAUGAGCAAAAACGCGGCGGAUGUGGUAGCUCAAGCAAAGAGAAAAGGCACUGUGGUGUACGGGGAGCCCAUCACUGCCAGCCUGGGUACCGAUGGCUCGCACUACUGGAGCAAGAACUGGGCCAAGGCUGCAGCCUUCGUCACCUCACCCCCGCUGAGCCCUGACCCCACCACGCCGGAGCGCCUCUCCUCACUGCUGUCCUGCGGGGACCUGCAGGUGGCGGGCAGUGCUCACUGCACAUUCAACACUGCCCAGAAAGCCGUUGGGAAGGACAACUUCACCUUAAUCCCUGAGGGGACGAAUGGCAUCGAGGAGCGGAUGGCCAUCAUCUGGGAGAAGUGUGUGGUGACAGGAAAGAUGGAUGAGAACCAGUUUGUGGCUGUGACCAGCACAAAUGCUGCAAAAAUCUUUAACCUGUACCCAAGGAAGGGACGAAUCGCUGUGGGCUCUGAUGCAGAUUUGGUCGUGUGGAACCCCAAGGCUACAAAAAUCAUCUCGGCAAAAACUCACAAUUUGAACGUGGAGUACAACAUAUUUGAGGGCACGGAGUGUCACGGGGCUCCUGCUGUGGUCAUCAGUCAGGGCAGAGUUGUUCUUGAGGACGGGAACCUGUUUGUCAGCGAGGGCUCAGGUCGCUUCAUCCCCAGGAAGACAUUCCCUGAUUUUGUUUAUAAAAGAAUAAAGGCCAGGAACAGGCUGGCAGAGGUGCACGGUGUCCCACGGGGGCUGUAUGAUGGCCCCGUCCAUGAUGUCGUCCUCAGCACCAAAGCUGUGCCCACCAUUGCAGCCUCCAGGAUCGCAGCCUGUGCCGGCAAAGUGCCCGCCGUGCCCGUGCGCAACCUGCACCAGUCGGGGUUCAGCCUGUCAGGCUCACAGGCUGAUGACCACGUUGCCCGGCGCACAGCCCAGAAGAUCAUGGCCCCUCCAGGCGGGCGCUCCAACAUCACCUCCCUGUCCUGAUGCUGCUCCCACGGUGCUGGUGUGAAGGGCACGGCUGGUUCCCUCCAGCUCAGGGUGGAAGUGAGGUGGGCCCAGGGCACCUGAUGAACCUUCUCUUAGGUAGAAAGUAGACAAAGCCCACGCAGAGGUAGCUCAACCCGCCUGUAUGUCCCCCAGUCCCUAGAGCUCCUGGUCUGUAUCUCUUUCCCGGACCCUCAGAGCCCUUAGCGUUGCAUGCCCACUCCUAGAGGUACAUUUCAACGUGUGUUCAGCAGUGCUGCUCGCUGCCCUGUGCCCAGGAAGGCCGCAGCAGUUCGGCUGGUGCUCAUUCCCUCCUAUCCCAAUGCCCACCCUUCUCUAUGGACUGCUCACUGAUGCACAGUGCCAUAGGCACAGUGUGCUGGCAGCUGUCCCCGUGGGCUGUAAUGUGGGCAGUGCACAGGGGCUGCACGCCGGGCUGCUCUGGGCACACUUUUAAGAAAUGUUUUUGAUACAGUUUUUAACGUACCAAUCAUAAGUGAAGUCCUACAGCCAAUAAAGGGCCCAGCUGAAGGCUGCUGGCAUAUGGCAGGCUCCUCUAUGAAAUCCAUGCGAGGCAGUUUGUUACAUGUAAAGGUGUGUACAGAAGAGGUGAAUCUCUGUGCCUCAGAUCUAUGCAUGUCCCUCUGCCCAACGGCUCGCAGUUGGUUUUGUUCCUUGCACUGAAUAAACUUGUUGGAAAUCCUGAAGUGAUGGAAGCAGCCGACCUGCCUCACUUUGUGCUCCUGCCCCAGCUGGCCAUCUGUGCUGCUGUGGAGCUGGAUAUGUGUGCUCUGCACUGUGUCCUGUGGCCGUGCAGCUGCUGUGUGCAAGGUGGGCUGCAGCUGUGGGCCUGAGCCUCAAUGCUUGGACCAGAUUGGUGGGGCAGAUUGACUGUGCUCCUUUCCUGCUUACCUGCUCUGACCUACAUCUCUGCCCAGCGCUGUUACCUGUAUAAUAAAAGCAUUUUUGACAACUGCA